UUACAGCACAGAGACGAGCAGAAUGACGAAGAACGACGUUGGCAUGGCCUUCAGCUACCGAGACGUCGACUUUCACUUUCGAUGCAAUUCGAUACCCCACGAGUUUGGACUAUCCGUUUUAUACAAAGUAAACGACGAUUGGGAUGUCGCGAUGAACGGUCUGAUGGCUAAAAAUGGCGGGAUGCAGGACUAUACGGUUGGUGCUGCUGCGAAAUGCAACAUCGACGACAGAUCAACGUUUCGUUUCAAGUUCAACACGGAUUUCCAGCUGGGAAUGAGCUUGCAGCAGAAGUUCGAUGAUCGCAUUACAUUAUCUCUCUCCUGUAACGUCGACUGCACGAACGUGAAAGCUGGCGGUCACAAAGUCGGGUUCGCCCUUGAGAUCGAAGGGUGAAAG